AUGGCUUCUCAGUUCGCCAUCCUUGCCAUUGUUGCACUUGUCGCCCUCCCGUCGGUCGCCUUGGCGACGCAGUGGAACGUCGGAGAUGGUAGCGGCUGGACCAUCAACUACAAUUACACGGAUUGGGCUAAGGACAAAGUAUUCCACGUCGGAGAUAGUCUAUUGUUCAGCUACCAAGCGGGCAACCACAAUGUGUUAAAAAUAAGCAACGCGACCGACUUCCAGGCAUGCAAUAAACCGCCAGCGAACGAGGUCCUCACCAGUGGCCACGAUGUCAUCCCCCUUAAUACUACCGGGGUCAAGUGGUACAUCUGCGGGAUCGGCGAGCACUGCACCAAGCUCAACCAGAAGCUCAAGAUCACGGUCGUGGACGGCAACAGCACGGCAAGUGACAAGAAGUCGGGCGCCAACGCCCUCGUUUCUUCCAGCUUCAAGAUUCUUGCGGCCGCUGUGGUUGCUCUUGUCCUGGUCACAGCUUGA